AUUAACAAUAUACAGUCAUAUUUAUUGUUAACAAAAAGCUUGUAAAUCGAAAAUUCAGCAGUUUCUCCCAAAUUCAUCAUUUUCUCUCGGGAGAUUUGAAAGUAGACCGUCACACUCACCGGCGAAACUUAUCCGUAGUAUGUUGAAUACGCAUGGAAUGGAUCCGGAGGCAGCUAGAACUGCUCGGGAUUCUCUCGACUUAGCGUUUCACAUGUCUAACAUUCUGGAAACUGGUUUGGACCGCCACACGCUUUCGGUUCUGAUCGCUCUUUGUGAGAUGGGCAUCAACCCUGAAUCUUUGGCCGCCGUUGUUAAGGAGCUUCGUAGAGAAUCGCCACCUCCUUCUUCCUCCACCGAGACAGGGCUGUAACCAUGGCCUUGCAAUUAUUCUACGAAGAAGAAGAUGACUGGCAGCAAAGAGAUUUUGCUACAUUUUACUAAUCGAUGGUUUGAAUUUAAUGUAUAUUCUUGUGCUACAGCUAUUCUCUAUUGUUUUAGAUUGCAAAUAUUGUCCAAAUUUUAUACUCUCACUAUCUAAAAUUUGUAACCUUUUAAUCUGCCACAAGUUUUAAGAAAUAUACUCUCUUUGUCUGUCUGCGUAAAAA